UUUUCCCACUCCAUUACUGAACAGUGUCUAGGGUUUUAUCCCCUCGUCCUCUGCGUCAGUGGUUCAGUGCUGCUGUAUUGGCUAAAACACAGUCAGAUCAGGUGAACAGCUGUGACUUCUUUUCUCUAAAGAGCCGUGCAUUCUUACAUAAUGUCUAUUGCUAUUUUCUUAAAGGAUUGUGAAAUUCUGACAAAUGUUUGGGGGUGAUUCUCACAAAACUUAAUUUCUAUUUUGCAUAAAGAAAAUGAAUCCUUUUAAGAUAAUUAAUAUUUUUUUGCAUUGAGCCAUUGUUUUCAGGACAAUUAAGCACAUUUUACACCAUGUGGUGGUGGGGAUGUGGUUGAGCUCCGGCUUGUGAAUGGAGAGCUAGAUCGGGAGAUGAGAACUAGAGGUCGACCGAUAUAUCGGUUUUGCGUUAACAGUUAUAAUCGCCCCAAUAACAGAUUUCUGGAACUAUAGGUUAUCAGCAGAAAUUCACACUGAUUGUUGCAUCUGGUGCUGGAGAAGCUGGGAAGGGUUUGCUGUUGAUAUACAGUAUGAGAGCGGCCUCUAGAGGCGAAAUAAAAAUCACUUCACUGAUGCCUUGUGGUGUUCGUUUUGACAUGUGAGACUAAACUCUGCAUGGAAUGGAACACUUCAGAUGUGGAUUUAAAACAUCAACAAUGAAAAGGUAUGUACACAGUACACUACAGUACAUGUACACUCCAGCUAAGUUGCAUAUUUAAAGCUAGUGACAUGAGAAAGCAAAUUAAUAUCUUCAUGCAGCCGAGAGAAAUGUAUAAACAUCAGAAACGCAUCUGAUUUCAAUAAAAAAAAUUAUCCUCACUGUAAAACAAUGACUUCAGACCGAUCACAUUCUUGCGCUAAAAAGGCUAGACACAGCACAACAAAUGCAGUUUAACAGAAAGCAGGUGUCUCAAUAUGCUUUUAAAGUUCUUUUUAAUUAGACACAUCAUCUAAAAAAACAACGCUUCUGCACGAGAUGCUGCAUAAACAAAAACAAAGGGAAACAAGGACGUUCGUCUGGUGUGCGUUUACAUAGAAAAACAAAUGGAUGGUUGCAAAAGCAUUCGGUGUGAACAGCCCGUUACAGUUGGUGGUGGUCUUUGGCCAUUGUGUCUUGCUCUCUUAUAAGCAUUUCUCAGAUUAAGUAAUGAGUUGUUUAAAUGUUUGAAAGAUGUUCAACUUGGAAAUAUGUGUCUCGAGAACCUCCCGUUCGGUUCCAGUCUGUUGUGUUCUGUCUGUUUGAACAGCCCCUGGCCUGGGCUCAUAGUCUGAGACGCUUCACCACGAGUUCAGCCGAAUACCACUGAUAUCUGUGAAUAUUGCUACUCUACAUACAACUGUACUGAAUAAAAAACAAUGUGAUAUUUCACUGUUAUUAUGAAGCUUGAGUCUGGAGUAGUAGGAAUCAGUGCAAGUGUAACACCAUGUGAACUGUCUAUUGAAGCAUUUCCCCUCCUCAUUUUACUUUUGACUUAACAUUUGAUAAUAUGGACAGACUAAAACUUUUUAUUUAUUUAUUUUAUGCACAUUAGUGGAAAACGAAAUGCUCUUUUUUUAAAGGUGCAAUAUGUAACAAUUUUCAUGUAAUAUUCUCCUUUUUUUUUUUUUUUUGCCAAUGUGUGAAUGGCUUGUAACUUAAAAAAUGAGCCCUUCCCGGACUUCCUAGUUUGCCUAUUAAAGCCUGUAGACUGAUUUUCAUGCGAAGGGUGCGGGUCGCUUUUGCCAGGAAAAUCCAAAGGAUGUGACGUUUAUGCGCUCUCCCAAGAGCUUUCCGCAACAGCGACAACAAAAUGCAACACUAGGUAACGGUAUCUUAGAGAUGGAAUCCAGCAAACAUCCGGCUCCCAGCACAACACCGACUUCUACACAAACUCAGAGUAAGCCAAAAAAAUCCAGUCUAGCUAAGCGGGAACGUGAUCGUGGUCGAGCGAAAACUAGAGUGAACAUCAGCAGGGCAUUUGAUUCCUGGAGGGACCUUCGUUCGUUUUGACCCUGAAUUGGCGUUCUUCUUAUUGGACAGGUAAGCUUACAUAACUGCAAAGUAUGUGAAUUAUAGUGCCAUAAGGAUUGAUCUGUGUAAUUUUAGCUAACAUGAUCUUGCCUGCUAACGCUGAUGAAUUGCAAACUACCUUGCUUCAUAACUUUCAAAUAAUUUCAACGAUCUUCCCUUUGUUUGUAGGAAAACAAUCAUAACUGUAAUUUUAAUUAGGCUACCUCAUCUGUCAGCAUGAUACUGGUGAAUCACGUUAAGCCUCUUUGUACGUUACGUCAUUGUUUUGGUCGAUGCUCGCUCGCGUCCCUAUGGAGUGUGUGCAUGAGCAAUAGGUAGCUGGCUGCAGUUCAUCUAAUGGCCACAGGUGUCAUUAAUAACAAGGUUUUCUGAAUCUUACAUACUGCACCUUUAACAACCAGGAUAGAAAAGUUCUAUCCAAUAAUAUAAUGGUGUUGAAUGGUUUCCUGCAUCCUCCUUGACCAUCUUAAGAACCUCGUUACACUGUUGACGAAACCCGGGAAGGAGGAAGGAUGCCGUGGAGUCCUCGCCACUGCCAUCCGCCAGGAAGUGGAGGAGCCACUGCCAUCCACCAGGAGAAGGAGGAGCUGUUUCCAUCUGUCAGGGGAUGUAGGAGUCGCUGCUGUCCGCCAGGAGCCAGAGGAACUGCUGCUGUCCGCCAAGGGGUGGAGGAGCCGCUACCGUCUUCCAGGGGGCGGAGCGGCUGAGAACCAGUGGACGGCGUGUUCGGGACCGACUCCUGGAUGUUGGAGUGACGAAACCGAAGAGAAUAGGAGAACACACCAGCGCUCGGCGUCCUGGGGCAGCGCUGACCAGCUUAAAGAGAUCGCAAAGCUCAGGCUGCAGCUGCAGCGCAGUAAACAGGGCGGAGGCCGGCAGUGUAAGGACAGUAAAGAAAGUCUGUCGCCCCUCCAGUGUUGUACCAGCAGCACCACCGUCAUCACUGCCACUACCAUCAGCACAGCCAGCCAAGCUCCGUCCAUGUCGAAGCCAGCACAGAUGCCACUGUCCAACAUCACAGUACCAAAGCCCUCCAUCUCCAGAGUGCCCAGCAGCAUGGAGGGCAUCAACCAUGAGCUGGAGAAAGUCUUCAUAAAAGACAAUGGAGAGAAAGAGGAGCUGAAGGCGCUCGAGGUUCCUGAUGGACGCAGGGCUCCAUUUCCUCCCCAGCAGCGCAGCAGCAGUAGUCGCGGUAUAGACACUCAGACACCCUCAGUGCCUGGACGCUCCAGUAGCUGCUCCAGUUUGUCGCCCUGUCCCUCACCCGCAUGCCCACCCCGCUCACACGACGGCAGUCCUUACUCCACUGAUGAGAUGCUGGACGACAGAGACAAAGAUAGUGGCAGCAGUUCUCCUCUGCCUAAGUUCACCUCAUCUCCAAAGCCCAACAACAGCUACAUGUUUAAACGAGAGCCUCCAGAGGGCUGUGAGAAGAUCAAAGUGUUUGAGGAAAUGACGUCAAGACAGUCUGCCACUGUCCCCCUGUUCUCCUGCCCUGAUAAAAACAAAGUGAACUUCAUCCCCACCGGCUCUGCGUUCUGUCCGGUCAAGCUUCCCGGCUCCCUGCUCCAGCACUCCAGCUCACAGCAGGAGGACGAGGCGACCCAGGACCCGCAGGCCGGUGCCAGCUCAUCAUGCCCCUUCACCCCUCACCAUCACAUGCCCAUUCAGGUCUCCACCAGCACGAGCACAGACGACCCCCCGGAUGCACUCGCCGUUUCACCCUCCCAAAAGCAGGAGGCGUCUUCAGAAUCCCCCUCGCAGCCGCAGAACUUUGCAGUCAGCUAAAGUUGCACAGAGCUGGUCUCUGUCGCAACCCCGCCAAUCCCAGGCUAUGUAGAGGACAUUUAUGCACCCAAAUUUCCUUCUAUUUCUCUUAUGGACCCCACCUUUGUGCUGAAUCUUUACUAUCUGCAUGGCAAAGCAACUAUGGCCCGAACAAAAAUCACCAGUAUGUUCAGAGCAAAUGUUUUUAAGUGCUGAUAAAUGCAGCCAAAGGGUUAGAGGAUGUGGCUAUGCCGCGCUUUUGUGAUUUGACAGGAACAGCGUCUGAAGAGCUAAAUGGAACGAUGCAUUGUGGGAACAGGCUCCAUGGACCUUAGAAUAUGCAAAUCUAAAGUUAAAAUGGCUUCACUGUUAUCUUAAAUGACAUAAAGACAUGAGUGAGCUAUACUGCCCUACAAAGAGAAAACGCAGUAACUGCACCAUUGGUGAAACUGUGGAAAAGGCUCUGUGGUACUGUAGUUACUGCAAAUUUCAAACACGUUUUCUCUAAAUCUAAGCAUAGUUGAGUCAAACCAAUCUGGACAGCUCAUAGUCUAAGUGACCUGAUUCUGCUCGUAACUCGAUUUCGACAAAAUAUGUUGUUACUAAGUUUUGCCUUUGUACGGCAGGAUAAGAGUCUCAUCACCGAAAUCGUAUUGAUUAAAUUUGCCUAUUAAUAAGUUCAAUCAUAUUCCAGAUAUUCCCGUUUUGCUUUUUUUAGAUGUGGAUGCGUUUGCAGGUACUUGAUUAAUUUGAUCCUUGUUUCAACUCGAGCAACUGCACAGCUGUUUUUGAAACGCAGCUUUUCUUUCAUGUGUGCUUAAAAUUUAAGCAAAGUGGCUUUUGUAUAACAGUAUAUUCAGACAGCGCAAAAUUGAGGGGUUGCGUUUUAAUGCACCAUUGAUUUAUAAGGAAAACAGAUUAAAGCUUUAAGGAAGGUCUUAAUAGCGCCAGGGGCAUGCAUUUGAAGCUGAUCGUAUGUUUUACAUUUAAAUUAUGUGUCGUGUUUUCUUUCAACAUCCACAGUAUGAAUAAGCUCUCUCUAUCAAUAUAUCUAUAAGAAAAAAAAUCUAUAUAUAUAUAUAUAUAUAUAUAUAUAUAUAUAUAUAUAUAUAUAAAGAAAAAAACCUUGUUUGAAGUUAAAACCAUGCAUUGCUGUGUUAUGUACAUUAUGGAAAAUGAGCUAUACUCCACAGGUUUACGUUUACACGCUAUCCAGGUUUCCUACCUUCUGACAACAUUGCAAAAAUAUAGAAAUAUGGAAAUUAUAAAUAAGUACAAAUAACAAAGAUUUUUUGUUUGCUCAAUUUGUUGCACAGUGUCCGCCUGUGGCCUCGCUUUAGGUGAAUGACUUGGUGUUUAAACUCAGGUAAUUUGGAAUUUACGUCCCCAUUCAGAUCAGCCUCAGCACCUUUCACUGUUCCUAUCCUGUCAUUUCCUGCAUUCCAUGACAUUCCUUGUUGGGACGUGCUGUCUGGAUGACGUGCGAUGAUGGGCUGCGUGAAAAACUGAUGUAGCUGAGAGGCCAAGGGUGUUGGUCAGACACACUGUGGGUGCUGUAAACAUUAGAAAGGCCAUGUUACCCCCAUGGACCAGAGGCACUUAUAAUAUUACCAUCUAAUCUGAAACAUCUACUGUUCAAAACUACAUGUGAAAAUUCCCAAUACAUGCUACUGUAUAUUAAAGUGUUUAAUUGCUGGAUAUACAGCUAAUAACUAUUCUAAAAUCAAAAGAAAGUUUUGUAUAAAACAUGAAACCUUUUUUAUUGACCAGUACAAUUUUAUUUGCAUUGUGACAUAAUUUUCAUGACAUUUAAGCUUGUUUUGCCCUCAAAUUCUCAUUACUAUAAUGAAAUGAAAAAAAAACAACAUUAUUAUUAUUACUGUAUUACAGUGAAGAAAAUCAACAUGGACACAAAUAUCACAUUUCUACAAACCUGACACAUGCAUUUUAAACUAGAUUUUUAAAAGAUUUCCAAAUUUUAUCAUCUUGGACAACCUUAUUUUUCAAUGUCAUAAAUAAUUUACAGCUGAAAUAAUAGAUUAUUACUUUUUAUUUUCACAAUACAGUUAUUAGGAAUUGGGGGUUAUAAAAUGAAUAGUUUCAAAUUUUGAUUGGAUGAGCUACGUUCGAAGCUGUUGUUAAAAUGUUUAUAAAAGCACACCUGUGAUUGCACAUUCUAUAUUAAUGUGUCAAGUUGCUAUGUUUCUUGGCAACCGCAAACAGCCUACGGUUACACUAAUGAACCACAUUACUUGGCGAAAUAUAUUUUUUAAUGUUGAUAAUUAUUAAUAAUACAUGUUUAUUGAUAAUUAUUAACUAUACAUGUAACUGUUUAUCGAACAUCGGUGUGUCUUCUAUCAUAUUUCUGUUGCCACUGUAUGAAAACAAUAAGCCAUUCGAGGCCAUGCAUUACAGUGAUUUUACUAUGGGUAAAGAAGGUUUUAGGCCCUUUGCAUGCGUCACUAACAGCCUCGAGUGGUUUAUUGCUUUAUUAAAAUUGCCCCUAAUUGGUAUGAAAAUAAUGUCACAAUGCUAAAGCAUCCUAAUGGUACUAAGUAUAGGCUUCAUUUUCUUUAUGCAAAAUACAUUUUCUUAUUUUUUUUUUUUAUUUUUUUUUUUCUGUUCAUUUUGGGGUGAAAUAUAUCCUAGACAUGAUCUUGAGUUUCACCCAAACAUUGGUUGUUCUCAUUGUUCAGCCUUAGUCACAAAGAGGGUCAAAUUACAGUAAUUGAAUACCAAGCCCCAAAUAUUUAAAUCAUUCCAUGCCUAAACGUUUUGUCAUUUUCAGUGAAAGAAAAAACACUGUUGUUUUAAUGAGUGUCUACACAUUUACUCUAAAGUACAUAUUUAUGAAUAUGUUGCUGUUGUGACAAUGAAAGCAUGCUUUUAUCAUUUUUACUGAUCAUGAAUUGACCUUCCUUUGGGUUUUUUGUCUCCAUAUUCAAUUUCAAUAAUCAACAUUUUAUCCAUGAGCUAGUUACAGGCAAGCAUGAUUUAUCAGAGAAGGGUUUCCUAGUCUCAAAGCAACAUUUCUAUAUUAACCAAUGUCAAAUGUUAAUGUACUGUGCUGUUGAGAUUUAAAACGAUUAAUUUAGCCAUCUCAUAGCCAUUUGUAGCCACUAGCAACACACAUAUUACAUGAUCAAUAAAGGCUUUAAAAAUGAUCAAUGCACCUUAUUUCAAAAGGCCAAGUAGUUUACUAAAAGAUAAGAACAGCUGUUAUUUUGAUAAGCUAAGAAUUUAAUAAUAAUGUGGAUUUGUUCAGUCUGUGAAAAAGCAACCAUCUGUGUGCUGUAUUUUGAAAUGCUUGAAUAGUUUGACCAUUACAUCUUCAUUCCAUACCUUUUUGACUAUGGAUCUAAAUCGGCAUACAACCUGUUGAUAAAGCCAUGGAUUGAUAUUGAAACCAGCACUGGCCAUUUGAUCACAGCACAUUAGUUGGCAAGCCAUCCUGUGGAGAUGAAUUUGUAGAACAGGUGCAUAUGUCAGACUGACUGACUGUUCACACUCAAUGGCAAUAAAUAAUUUUGUUGUCGUGACUAAAAACCAGGUGUUUAUAUAAUGUGUGUGUGAGUGGUGAAUGGAGAAAAUGAUUUGUUGUUUUUGAAGGGAAAACUAUUUACUGAGGACUCAUUGACAAUUGCAAUGCCUGGAAGAAAACUAUUCAUAAUCAAAAUUUCUGAAAAGUAACUCCUUUUCUUGAAAAAAAGCAACAAAAUGGGUUACAGUGAGGCAAUUACAGUGGAAGUGAAUGGGGCCAAUGUGUAAACGUUAAAAUAAUACAUGAGUUUUAACAGACGAAUUAAUGUUAGUGCUUAAAAUAAAAUUAUAUGCUUCACAUUUCUGCCUUUAAACCUUCCAAAAAUUAGCCCCAUUCACUUCCAUUUUAAGUGCAUCACUGUUUGAUGUUUACUUCUUUUCUUUAUUUUUUUUAAAGAAAAGGAUUAUUCAUGGUAAUCAACUUUAUGCCACAAAUGCUGUUGAUUGAGCUAAACUUGUAUUGAACCCGGAAUAUUCCUUUAAAAUGCUUUGGAAGCACUUCGCCUGCCUUUGAAAUCGAUUAUUCUUGGCUUAUCGUUAAUGUAAAAAAACAAAAACAAAACACUUUUAUAGCUCUUUUUUUUUUCAUGCGGUCUUGCCAUCUGCACGGCACAGGCUGCUGAGCUGGCAUAAAGUUUUGCGUAGGUCCACUGUCAAUGUGACUGUACAGUAUAUGAGUGACAAUAUCAAAGCUACACUUUCUUCAACUUUUAGCCCAAUGUGGCUAAUUGUUUCCUUAUUUCAAUAAAAGGAAUAUUGUGACUUAUUUAAAUAAAAUAAUCAGCAGAAUUAAAA